CCAGCCACGCCCAGUCCUUGCUGCAAAUAUCUAGAGAGAGCAAAGAAAGAGAAGGGAACAUGGCAAGCCCUCAUGCUAGCUCCUUCAUGUGUCUCCCGUUUGACUCCAUGAGAGAAGUCAGCGAUGCUUACAUAACCUACUACGGGGUUUGUCUUGGGAGCGGCUGCAUAGGAACAUUAGGAUCAAUGCUGUUUCUUUACCAAGUCUUGCGUGGAGCUGCAGCAAAGAGCACCAGCAAGACACAGAAAAACAUAUUAAUUAAUCUGGCUUUUGCUGACCUACUAGCUGAUAUAGGAGUUAUUGGAAGAUCACUGUAUUAUAUGGUUUAUUGGAGAGAUCACGACUUAACCAAAAUUGAUUUACGGGAUAGACUACCUCAAGCAAUAACUGGAGCAUUCACUGAAUCCUGGGUUGUAUUUUGGUAUCUUGCUUCAUACUUCUGGACAUUCUUCUUUGCUGUUGAUAUAUAUACUGCAAAACACAAGGGAAGAUGGAGGUUAUGGUGCUCGCAUAUGGUAACUUGGUUAUACUGCAGUUUACUGGCAGCUACUGGUACGCUCGCAUUGUGGGCCUGUGCCCCGCCACUAGAGUGUGCUGUAGACAAGUACUGUAUAGUCGGGCAUUUUCUCUGCACUUUUGGACCCAUUUUAAUAUUUUUAGUUUCACUGCCUGUUUUCUACUUCUCAAUACUUAAGAAAAUUAUAGAUGAAUUUAAAGAUGAUGGUCAUGCACUAGAAGUGAGGGAGAGAGAAAAGAAACAAGCAAAGAAGAAAAUAUUAUUAUUCAUAAUCGUCUUUUACUUCUGUUGGCUAGUUAAUGUUGUUGAUGGAUUUAUUCUAGUCAUUUAUCAUUUGGUUGAAAAAGGAGCUCUGGCUCCUUCAGUUAGGCAGACAUUUCUAUACAAGCCAGCAUACAUAUACACUGUAUGGAUAAUAGAGGCAGCAGUGAAUCCUCUCCAAGGAUUACUAAAUGCAAUAGCUUACGGCAAUGCUUGUCAAAGUGUUCAUGAGUGCUACGUACAAGUUAAAGCGAAACUGACUGCCAGUUUAAGUCACCAAGCCAGUUUCAGCGGUGAACAUAUUGAAGUUGACUUCAGAGAAGGACGAGGAAGUGUCUGGACCACUCAGAGAAAAAGAGUUUUAAGCUGCUGACAUGUUUUUUUAAAUUGUACAUUCAUUUCGUUGCAUAUUAAGUACAUGUUGCAUUGUAUGGUCACAAUCUCUUAACAUGUUAUUAUUAUCAUCAUCGAGAAAUAUUUAUUAUUAUUAAUUGGAAA